AUGGAAUCACAUGACCUUACCAAACAUCAACAACAACAAGAGUACAAUACGACUACAAGAACACCAAACAACAAUCAUAAAUAUAAUCAACAACAUCAACAUCAUCAUCAUCCAUAUCAUCAACAACAACAUUAUAACUAUAGAAUGAAUGAUUCCACUUCAAGUUAUAGUUAUCAUCAACAACAAAGUAAUAGAAUAUCAUGUAUAAAUAUACCAGAGAAUAGUUUAAUAGAGGUUAGUGAAAUAGAUAUAGUGAUUGAUCAUUUCGAUUACAUUAAAAAGGUGAUUGGUGGUCAAACUGUAAUACGACGUUAUCUAUCAAAGAGAGAUGAAUCAUUUUUCUAUGUGAUUGGAUAUGGUGACAAUGAUAACGACAAUCAUGGUGAUUUAAAAGUGAAUGAACGUGCAACUCUACUCACAAGACCAAGAAAAGAAGUAUAUGGUAAUUGUAUCUUGGUUCAUUGUGAUGGUAAACAACAACAACAACAACAACAACAAAAAGAAGGUUCAAAAUCAUCAUCAUCAUCAUCAUCAUCAUAUAAACCAUUAUCAGUUGUACAAUUCAAUCGAUUGAUUCAAGUGAUCACAUGCAACUAUCCAAUAUUUGAUUUUAAAAAUAAUACCAAUAAUACAACUGUAAAUUUAAUCUCUACCAUUUUAUAUCCAAAUGAUUUUAUAUAUCCUCUACCUUGUAAUGAUGAAUGGACAUUCAAGAAAACACCACAAUCAAUAUUAAAUGAAUUAUAUACAAUUAAAAAAUUACCUCCAUUUCAACCUUGUAAAUAUGAAUUUCCACCUGGACAGUUGUUUGUCUGUUUCUGUGAAUUGGAUGAAAAAGAUGGAAAGGUAUCGUUUGUGUCGAGUAAAUCAAAUCAACUUAAAAAGGCACAGGGUAACUUGGCACAUAAACUACUAUGUUACUAUUUGAUGCUACAGAAUGCAUUUCUUCAUGGUCAACCACUCGUUGUAAACAGUGAUACUAGUUACCAAGAUUUUAAAAAAGAGUUGGAAGAGAUUGAAGAAGCAAAGAAACGACGUGAAACUAGUAAAAAAGUGGAUCCACUUGACCACCAUUUUGGAUUGUUACAACAACCUGGUAUGUCACCAGUUAUAUCACAACCAGAUGGAUUAGAGAAAACCAUUAUCCGUGAAGGAAACAAAGAUAUCAAAUUGAGUAAUUUUACUCGACUCAAAGCACAAGUUACUAUUUAUUUAUUGGAAGAGCCAAAAAAAGUUAAAAAAAGAAUGUUUUUAAAAAAGAUUAAACAAAGUGAUUUGGAAGAACCAAAUGCUAGUGAUCGAUUCAUUCCAGCACUCAUCAAGAUUCUUCCAACUGUACAAAGUGGAGAAGCAUGUGUUGUCAAAGUACCACCAUCGUAUGGAUAUGGUGAUGUAGGGUCUCCAUCGGAUCAGAUACCACCAAUGGCCACACUCAUCAUAUACAUUGAUUGUAAAAGUUUAAAACAUUUCCAUACAAUCGAGGAGGCAUGUCAAUUGCCAAUUGAAAAAAAGUUGGAACUCGUUGCAGAGUAUCGGAGUUGGGCAUCAACCAAAUUCAAACUCUUUUUCUUUGAAAAGUGUGAUCAUCUCUAUUCGCAGGCACUCAAGAUUUACAAAAGCAUAUUGACUUGGAACGAAUAUUUGGAUAACUUGGAAACAUACUAUGACAAGGUAGCACAAGUAGGUUCUACACUAUACUGUAACAUGGCAAUUGUACAGGCAAAAAUGGGUGAAUGGCAAAUAGCUAGAGAUUAUUGUACUCUCUCUUUGGAAACACUACCAAAUCAUAAAGCCUAUUUUUGGAAAUCAAAAGCUCAUCAUCAUCUUGGUAAUCUAGUCUAUGCUCUAGAAGAUAUAAAUGGUGCAAUUAAAAUGAUAGAUCAACAAAAGAAAUUAAUAAUAAUAGACAAUAAUAAUAAUAGUAAUAAUGAAAACAAGGAAAAUGAUGAUCAAGAACCAAGUUAUGAAUAUGACUCUGAAACAAUGGAUAUAUUAAUUAAUAGAAGAAAUAAAAUUUUGGAAUCCUUUCUUUCUACCAUGGAUGAAAAUGUUCUAAAUUUAGAACUUGACAACAAUUUCAACAUCAUUGUUGUCAGAGUUUGGCCAACCAGCAGAGUUGGAACCACAGGUCCAGCCAGAGAGGGUUGGACAAUCCAUGAUCUCGAGUUCCUUGGUGAUACAGAAAGUGACGGUGGAGAUUUGGUUGUCUUGGCAUUGGAUGAGUGGCUUGCCACCGUAGGCGGUGGUGAGGGUGCUGAUGACUUGGUUAAUGUUGACAGAGCCCGAGCUGCUUGGGUAGAUGUUGUUGUGCUCGAGGGCGGCAGUGACGUUGUAGGUCUCGUAAAGCUUGAGGGCACCAGAGAAGUAGUCGUGGAUGUCGGUGACUGGGCCGGUCAAGGCGCAGGUGCCGUGCUUGCUCCAUUCGUGGGUCCAGAAAUCAGUGUUUGGGCCAGUGAGGGAGGGCCAGUCGUAGUCCAUGGUGUUGAGGAGGUCAGAGAUUUCGUUGCUCGAGAAGCUUGGUCCGUUACAGAAACUUGGAUGAUAUCAUCCAAAAUGUUUGGUCAACAAGAGGAUGAUGACCUUGACAAAGAGGGUGGGGUGGUUGUGUCUCGAGACUAUGAUGUUGAUGAUUAUUAUUACAGUACAGUAGUUUUAAUAGGAUAUUUAUAUGUUUGUGAUUGUCAUAAUGCCCAAACAACAACAACCAUCACAAUCAAAACAAUAGCAGCACAACAACAACAAUAA